AUGCUGGGCAACACCAUCACCAGCACGGAGGCGCUGAGCGUGCUCACACCGGCGGUGGCUGAGAGUGUCGCGUCAGGCAGGCCCUACCUCGUGUCGUGGCAAGGCGCACAGGCGGACGACCGCUUCGAGGUCGACUUGCACUACUGCGGAUCGUACUCGUUCUGCUUUGGAGAGGCGGAGGACUGCGGUUUCUGGAUAGCGAACGUUUGCACCGAGGCGGACGACGCCUGCAUGAACCAAGACGACCAGAGCUCCCAGGUGACCUUCCCGGAACCAGUCGCCGGACACUCGAACAACGGCUACAGGGUCCGGAUUUCGGAGGUCGGUACGGACAACUUCCGGUGCUCGGAAGACUUCUACCUCGUGGCUUCGGCGGAUGUCCUCGAAUUCGGGGAGCCGGGGGGGCCGACGAUGGAGGUGGUCGCGCCGGAGGCUAACGCGCUGGCUGUCGCGGGAGAGACGUACACCGUAGAGUUCGACUACGACAACGGGUUCGGCGAACAGCUCGGGCGGUUCAAGAUCGAUCUCUACAAGGCGGAGGGGAACGGUGACUGCGGCAGCUGGGUCACCUCCGUCUGCGACAAGCCGGACAUGGGCUGCCGUGACAGCGAGGGCGACUACGACGUGGUUAUCCCAGCAGACUCGGAGGAAGGAAUGUACAAGAUCCGCGUCGGUCUGUUCGGAGAUGACUCCAUCUACGCGUGCUCUCCCUCCUUCGAGAUCACACCCACCAAUCCCGGUGUGUCUGCUGCAGGCGGGGGGCUGUGGAUGGACUCCGCCACUUCUUCGUAACAGCUUCUUCUCUGGGAUUAGAACGAAAAUAAGCUCUGGAUUAGAACAAUUAGGACUUUUCGCGGACUGAUGAAGUUUUUCACGCGCGGUGAUUCCUACUCACGAAUCAGAGGCUCUCUCUCUGAUCCACGUAGCUAGCGCAAUAAAUGCGACCUGACAGGCAAAUUAAUAGAGUGAAGUAGGUAGACAAAAAGGGUCCGGUAUGUCCACACCUUGGUAACAUGUGUAGUGUAGUUGAUGUUUUGUCGGCUGUUUUUGUGUUUCUACCUGGCUGAUAGUAUAUUAAGUAUAUAAUAUGGUACUUGCACCUUCCUUGGCAGGGCAAGCAACCACUAGGAUAAGUUAAGCAUCUUGAUGCUUUCGGUGAUGUUCCGCGCAGUGUAGGAUGAAUAAAGCAUCCUUGAUGCUUUGGGUGAUGUUCCGCGCAGUUCCGCGCAGUCCUUUUCUUUGUCAGAAGGACUUCUUUCCUGACUUGAGGCUUUUCUUGGGGUUAAGGGUUGUCAUAUCCUUGUUGGCACCGUUUCUCGGAGCAAGGGAUGUGAGUUGGCUACUAUACUACUACUCGUUCUUUGGAAAAUUGUGGCCAUUCGGCCGAUUUCCUCCCAAUUUUUGUUGUUUUUGUUGUUUUCUUCGUUCUUCGUUCUUCGUUGUUGCGCCGAUAGGGCUUUUUGGGUCGGUUGGGGCGUGCUUGCUGCCUACUGCUGGGGCAACACUGCAUGUUGGGAAAAUUCUGAUAGAACAGGAUUAUUAUCAGGAUUAUUAUUUGUUCCAUGUUUCGUUUUCGUUCACUCCAGGCGGAAGGUGACUUGUGUACGUUGAGUGCCGUUAUUUCAAUUCGCGAUUAAAUCAGGACUUUU